CAGGAGACGGAGAUGGCCGCGUAGGCGUACAGGUCCGAAGCUGCGUAGAAAUAGCGCUGCUCAGUGGCGAGGCGGGGAUUGACGCAUGGUGUCGACGACGGGUCCCCCGCCUUCAAAUCAAACUUCGGCGGGGUCAAAAAGGAAAGGCGUGCGUUUUCUACCCCAAAGCAGCGCGGACAGGACGGGUUUCCCGCGCCAGAAACGGAUAGAAAGAGCCAAACUCCACCCGCCGGCGGCCCGUGUGCACAAAACGAACGACUCACCGCUACAAACGCUGUUUUUCCCGAGCAGAGUAGGAAGUGAGGGAACGUUUGAGAAGCAGCAUAACCAGGCGCUGAAACUCGGCUACUCAAACGUAAAGUGUGCGAAUCACACGUUUGCUAGAAAUGUGUAGCUAACCAGACCAGUUAGCAAAGAAACACUUAAAAUGUGGCUCCUUUUUCUGUCUUAUUAAUGGCGGCUAGUCGUACCGGCGAUCGGUAUGAACGCGCCUCAUCGUCUUGCAAGGAUCGGUGCAUCAUGCAGAAAGACACCCCGGACAAUGCAGGUGUGGUAGUGGACGUUCACGCGUGUGGCGCAACGAAAGGCUUAAAUGGACACAGGACACGGAAAAGGUGACCAGGUAACAAGCUGGGCGGGGCCAGAAGAGGAUGACGAACUGGCGUCGGUGAGAACGGAUGGGGAUCCCCCCAAAACGGCACCCAGGAAUCGAGCAAGAAAUCCCUCGUUGACCCGUAGACCCCAGGGAGGGGUUUCAAACCCAGAAGAGGAGAAAGCCGGGGAGACUGCAACCAGGCAGGUUAUAAAGAGGACAGGGGGUGAUGCCACACGUGUGUUCAAUGCAUGUCAGGCAGAAUCUGUGCAGAGAGAACCAGAGAAAGAUGGUGACCAAAAUGGCAUUUUGCCCUCUGCCUCCCAGUCAGUCAGCCUCACUGACACGUGGGCCCCUUCCAUCUCAAGCAUUCACUCUUCCUCCUCUCCCACCACCCAUCACACUAUGUCAUUAUCCUCCUCAUCCUCCUGUUCCUCCUCCUCAGCCGUGUCUCUUACACCUCCCUUGCCCCCGUUUGUGGAGCUUUCCGCUGUUCUGGCUGAAACCAGGCUUACUCUGGAUGUGUACCGGGGAGGGGCAGCUGCCCUUCCCAUAUUAUGGGGUUCCAUACCAGGACAGCUGAGGGGUCUGCAUUACCUGAGACUGGGCUCUGAGGAUGAACCAGGACUGGAUGGAGCUCUGAAGGUCCUUCCCUACCUUACACAGCUGCAUUCACUGGCUAUUCGAGGACAUUGCUUUUAUGACUCGCAAGGUGUCCCUCUACCUGGCCUUCUAACUGCUUUGCCCAGCUCUGUUUCCUCCCUCUCCCUCCUGACACAUCUGGACCUCUCCUUUAACCAACUCCUGUGUCUGCCCCCCUGCCUGUUAAACCUGCCUGCUUUGUCUUCCUUGCUCAUCUGUCACAAUCACCUCUCAGCUCUGCCCCCUGACAUUGGCCAACUGUCCUCCCUCCGCUACCUUUCCCUUUUGGGGAACCAGCUGAUCUCUCUUCCUCAGAGUGUGGGCCAGCUGAAAGCACUGCAGACUCUGGACAUCUCAUACAACCUUCUCCAGAGUUUACCAGAAGAGGUUGGCGCUCUAGGAGAGCUUGUUAAACUGGAGUUAUCCCACAACAAGCUAAGACAGUUACCAGAGACCAUAGGCUCUUUGCACUCACUAAGGGAGUUGGUAGUCCAUAGCAAUGACCUUCGUUUCAUCCCACAAUGUUUAAGUGAACUGCCACUGCUGAAAAUGGAUACACGCAACAAUCCUCUAGGGCGGCCCCCCACCCCUCCUCCUCUACCCCCCUCACCAGAACAAGUGGAAAAAAAUGUUCCAGAGUUGCACCUUGGAUUUAAUCAGCACAGCUUCUGUGUGUCGUCUGCUGGGUGUCAUGUGUUUCUCCCACGGGGGGCUGAGCUGUUGUUCCCCCCAGGCUGCUUGGCAACAACCACAAGACUUGAGUGGGGGGAGAGGAAGCCGCACAGGAAGUGGGUGUGGCUUGAAGAACAUGACAUUCUAUUAAGUCACCCUCUGGAACUUUGUCCACAUGGAAUUACAUUCUUAAAGCCAGUGGAGGUAUGUGUGCCAUACCAUCAGAGAAAAAGAAGGGAGGUGAUUGUGCGGAGGUUUGAUGGAAAGACAUGGAGCACACUGCCUACUGUUCUGAGGAGAGGAAGCCAGAGCCACAGCAGUCAUCCCGGGGGACGGCCUGCCAGGCUGGCCUGUUGCUCAGUGGGCCAGUUCUCCUGGUUUGUGGUUGUGUGUCGGCCAGUAAGGGACAGCUGCUCUGUUACAGCAGAUGGGACACUGUUGGUGUCCAGUGCUGACCCUGGAAUUAAACUUCAUUUCCCUCCAGAGUCCACCCUGCACCCGCGCAAAAUCACUUUAGAGGUGUUGCAAGUGUCUGUGUCAGAGGUCCAAGUGAUGUGCGGUGACCCACAGGCGAGUGUUAGCCCCCUACUCUGCCUUUCUCAGACUCCCAGCAUCAAUUUCCUGCUCCCUGUCAAAGUCCAGGUUCCUCUGCCACCCGGAGUAACAGGCCACAUGGUUGAUAUGUCCUGUCUGCAUCUGCUACACGGCGAUCCCAGUGCUCAGACGUGGACAGACAUCACGUCACAAGUGUCUCUCCAUGUCACUCAUCUGUAUGCCAUUUUCUACAUUACCAGUUUCUCCUGGUACUGGCUAUGGUACACUACAAAGCGGUGUGUUGGUGGGGUGGUCAGGAGGAUCUAUCAAAGGCUUAAACAGUUCAGAGUCCAGUUCCUUGUCCUCCAGAGGAAGACUGACCCUACACAAGUUCUCCUACAGUGUUUACCCUCAAACAAGGUGGAGAACAGAGUGCAGUGUCUAUCAGAGCAGUACGAUGGACCCCAGCCUUCAGACCUGUGUGACCUGCUAGAAGGAGAGCAAUUCUUUGCUGGCUUUGAGAGGGGACUAGAUGUCAAUGCAGAUAGACCAGAUUGUAUCGGCGGAAGACUCUACUUCGUGUUCUACUCCAGCCUGAAGAACCUAAAGGAAGUGUACAUUUGUCCAGCUCAGGGUCACGAUGUGCCUGUCAGGGGACAAGUGUCCUUUUAUAGAGGAGAGAUUCCAGCUGACCUGCCAGAGGCGGUGGCACUUAAAAGGAAAGGCCUCGAUACCCAGUGGCUUACAACUUUACCACUGAGACUUCCUGAUCUAAAUUCAGAGAAUCGCAUCAUGGAGGAGUCCCAUUACCCCCCGCUGAACCUGGGUGACCCUGAGAGUGGUUACCUGACAGAGGCCAAUCUGCUGUCCAUCUCUCUGCAGAUAGGACAGGAUUGGCGCACCAUUGGAAUCAACCUGGGUUUGCAGUACCAUGAAUUAGAGCAUAUCCAGUACAAGCACAGGGACAACCUUGGAGCCUUGGUGCUGGACAUGCUGUUCAACUGGGCCCGGAGGCAGAAAGGUGUAGGACCAGGGGCAGUUCUCAGGCUGGUGGAGGCCAUGGUGAAAAGUGAAAGAAAAGAUUUGGCAGAGGAGAUUGAAGACAUAGUCAGUCUAGGAAAGACGAAGUAUAGGGAGUCACUGAAGAGAGUGGGUCUGGAACCCCAGACCAGCUCCCAACACAAUGAACCGCAGCAGUAGACAAGCUCAUGCUGGGCUACAGAUGAGUGCCUUACACUUGAGUAACUUGUGCGUGCACCAUGUGCCAACCGUCACCACAACCAGCUCUCCAAACAGAACUUUGAAGUACCAAAAAUGACACUUGCCUCCAUCAUGGCAGCCAAUGACAACCUAACAAUACCUCAGACACACUUGCUGAUGGACAGAUGACUAGAUCAUGUGUGUAACCAGGCAUAGCCUAUUUGACAUGUUAAAAGUCUCACAUUCCAAAACAUCCAAACGCCACCAUUCACCUUCUAUUUGAGACUACUAUAGCUCCAGUAGACCUGGCACAAAAGAUGGUAUUAAUUUUAGUGCAGGCGACCAUCAUUCACCCUGUUUACACUUGGUUUUUAAAAUGUGUUUUGGGCGAUCGGCUCACAAGUGGACAGUGAGACACAUCGCCGUUUAUACCUGUGUCUAUCAUGCGUCUCCAAAUGCGUCCUGCUGACCACUUGUGAUCAGAUUUUGUUAAUCUGAAGAAGAUUUUGUUACUGUCUACGUCACUUCCGCUACAAGUUCAAAGGGCCUCAGUCAAGUGCCAGAUUUGCCGACUAGCUGUGAAAACGAUAGCUAAUGUUUGAAGAUGUUUCAAGCACUAAUAUACUGUAACGAUUACGAAUGAAUAGGCUCGGUAGCCCAUGGCUAACGGGUCGGACCCUUUAGUUGACUGGUUAACGUAGUCGCUCGCAGUGAGGAAUACACGAGUUCCCGCCCCAGCUGUGAUGGUCCGGCCGGGGACGCCCUUCCUGAAGGAAGGGGGCAAUGUAACAAUCACAGAUGAAUAGGCUCAGUAGCCCUUGGCUAAUGGGUCGGACCCUUUAGUGGACUGGUCAACGUUGUUGCCCAUGGUACAGGAGAUACGGGUUCGCGUCCCUGCUGUGGCGGUUCCCACGGCUGCCCCUUGAAUUCGCAGCAAUACAUUUACGGACUAUUCCAACUGUUGAGAUUGACAGGACUGAUUCUUCUGCCCAAAUGGAGAUGAGGCAUCUCGUUUAGCUUGUACUCCAACCACGUACACUCUCCUCUCCUCUCUCUCCAUUUUUUGAAAGUUGGUGUGCUGUUACCAAAACAACCAUCACGUCCUGCAUUGAUGACGUAUUUUCCUGUUACGUCCUUGUCGGGGACGCAUAAGUGUUUACGCUACAAAAGAUAUGUGGUCAAAUGCGUCCCAGGCCACCCCAGCAAGUGGUUUGAGUAACCGGUUCACAAAACGUUUUGGUGGUCGUUUACACUUGUAUUUAGCGCCGUCCACUUGGGAUCCAAUCGGAAAAAAACCAAACAACACAUUUUAAAACCAAGUGUAAACGGGGUCUUAGUGGUUCAUUGGCUUGCUACUUGUAGUACUUUGUCCUCUUACCAACAGUUUUAAACUGCAGCGUCAUCUCUGUAAGAACUGAGCUUGGCCCAAAACACGUGAAGCUUUUUAAAUUUGUUAGAUUUAUCUAUGUUUAUUAAGUAUUUUUCUCCCUGUUUUUUUUUAGGGAGUUGUUCCUUACUCGGUGCAAGGGUCUAAGGACGGGGACAGGAUGUUGUGGUGCUGUAAAGCCCCUUGAGGCAAAUUUGUAAUUUGUGAUAUUGGGCUAUGCAAAUAAAACUGACUAGACUCAAACAAGUGAGUGAACAA